GCCAUCUCGCUUCACACUGGGGAUUUGCGCUCGUUUCUUUCUAUUUCAUCUCUAUUUUGCACUCUUCCCCUUGCUCUGUCGCGAGGCCCCACUUUUUCUGUAACCAACCUCUUACAGCCAAUCAAGAAGUAAAGAAGAGAAAAACGCCCGCCCGCUCCCAAUGCCUUCGCUCCGCUGCUCACCAACCGCAGAGCCGGCUGAGCCUGAGCCGCUGUCAUCUCUAACCCAGCUUAGCCGAUCGGUUGCCUCCGCCGCCGCCGCCAGAUUCCAGAUGAGAAGAACAAGAAGCUGAGAGACUAGACAUGGACGUGAAUUUCGCCCCGCUCCGCGCCUGGGACGAUUUCUUCCCUGGCUCUGACCGCUUCGCCAGGCCGGACUUCAGGGACAUUUCCAAAUGGAACAACCGCGUGGUGAGCAACCUGCUCUAUUAUCAGACCAACUACCUGGUGGUGGCUGCCAUGAUGAUUUCCGUUGUGGGGUUCCUGAGCCCCUUCAACAUGAUCCUUGGAGGCAUUGUAGUGGUGCUCGUGUUCACAGGGUUCGUGUGGGCAGCCCACAACAAAGACAUCCUCCGCCGGAUGAAGAAGCAGUAUCCCACGACAUUUGUUAUGGUGGUCAUGUUGGCUAGCUACUUCCUCAUAUCCAUGUUCGGGGGAGUCAUGGUCUUUGUGUUUGGCAUCACUUUUCCUUUGUUGCUGAUGUUCAUCCACGCGUCAUUGAGACUCCGGAACCUCAAGAACAAACUGGAGAAUAAAAUGGAGGGAAUAGGCUUGAAGAGGACACCGAUGGGCAUUGUCCUAGAUGCCCUAGAACAGCAGGAAGAAAACGUCUCCAAAAUCGCUGACUAUAUCAGCAAAGUGAAGGAGUAAAUACCGCUGACCUGCUGAUAGGGCUGUGGCGGACAUCAAGUUGCAGUUUGCCCUUAUCCAGACCUACUUCCCGUUUGUGUUCUCGAACUAGGAGGCGCCUGUACCAUCCACCUAUCUGGGGCAGCAUGCAUGUAUAGGCCCAACUGUUAACAUCUCUGAGGUUCCAGAGAGAAGCCCUCAGAACCUGCAAGAAAAUUGCCCUCCUAUUAUGCCUGAAGUUUCCAGUGUGUUUAUGCAAACAGAUAGGAAAUGGAUCACACUUAUUUCUGUAGAGAAAUAAAAGAAAAAGAAUUUUGCAUUGUAGAGCAACAGUACGGUUAGCUUGUGGGGAAAAAACUAAUUGUAAAGUAUCAAGGCAAUAUAAAUAAAUGAAAAAAAAAAACAAACCCAACUGUUAAAGUAGAUGUCACGCGUUAGCCUGUUUUGAUCCUGCUCCCACCCCCCCACCCCAGCAUCCUCCUCCAAAAAUAUUCCCUGGGACUAUAAUAUGUGAGUCUAAACUAGUUUAGCUUUUAAUUACUUUUCUUUUAAAAUCAAAGAUGAUCUGUAUCACUCUGCCGCCUGUUUGACAUGCAGUGGAAACUGGAUAAACCAGUUGUUUUUAUUUUGUUUACAAAUAUAAAGAGAGCUGUUUAGGAGAAUAUUUUGUCAAAUUUUUGUAAAUUUUUGAAAUGCUAGUAAUGCCUUUUCACUAGCAGGUAUUUUGUUGCAACCUAAAUGUCACCUUCUUUAAGGUUAUAGCUACAUAACCUAUAUUAUUCUUGACAGUCUUGUCAAAAAAAGCAAGUUUGU